AUGUCUAGUGCUGAAGUCGCCGAUAAUUCCGUUGACCCCCCGGCGAAAAAGCGGAAGCUAAAUACAGGAGAGACCCGUUGCAAAUCUGCAGCAAUGGCGAACAAUGGAGCGCGUGUGGAAGAUGAAAUCGAUGAAAGUCUAUAUUCCAGACAGCUUUACGUACUGGGACACGAUGCUAUGCGUAGAAUGGCUAGCUCCGAUGUCUUGAUAUCUGGUCUAGGUGGUCUCGGCGUGGAAGUUGCAAAAAACGUGAUUCUUGGAGGUGUCAAGUCUGUCACUCUUCAUGAUGAUAGAAAUUGUACCAUUGCAGAUUUAUCGUCCCAAUUUUAUUUGUCUGAAAGUACCAUAGGUCAGAACAGAGCUGUUGCCUCAUGUGAACAACUUGCUGAAUUAAAUCAUUAUGUACCAACUACAGCUUAUACCGGACCUUUAACCGAAGAAUUCUUGAAAAAGUUCCGUGUCGUGGUGCUCACUCAAGCCUCCUGGGCGGAACAACAGCGCGUGGCUGCCAUCACACAUGCUAACAACAUUGCCUUGGUCAUUGCUGAUACCAGGGGGUUGUUCUCACAAGUUUUCUGCGAUUUUGGUCCAGAAUUUACAGUCUUAGAUGUAACUGGUGAAAACCCUGCAUCUGCUAUGGUGGCUGUUAUCACUCAUGAGUAUGAAGCAGUUGUUACUUGUUUGGAUGACACUCGCCAUGGUCUGGAAGACGGUGACUAUGUUACGUUUAGCGAGGUACAGGGAAUGACCGAGUUGAACGGUUGUGAACCGCGCAAAAUCAAAGUGCUCGGGCCAUACACCUUCAGCAUUGGAGAUACGACCAACUUCUCGAAGUAUGAACGCGGCGGCAUCGUCACUCAGGUGAAGAUGCCCAAGAAGAUCAGCUUCAAGCCCCUGAAGGAGUCCAUCAGAGAUCCAGACUUCUUGAUUGCCGAUUUUGGGAAGUUCGACUACCCCCAACAGCUGCACAUCGCUUUCGCCGCCUCCAUAAGUUCAAGGACACUGAAGGAUCAGGAUAUUUGCAAAGACGGAGAGCUCGAGCUCAACACAGAGCUUCUGGAUACAUUUUGCAAAGUGUCCUCGGGCGAUUUGAACCCAAUGAACGCGGCGAUCGGCGGCGUGGUGGCGCAGGAGGUGAUGAAGGCGUGCUCGGGCAAGUUCCACCCCAUAGUGCAGUGGCUGUACCUGGACGCGAUCGAGUGCCUGCCCAAGGAUCGAUCCGCGCUCACCGAGGAGGCGUGCAGGCCCACCGGCACCCGCUACGACGGCCAGGUGGCGGUCUUCGGCAGCCACUUCCAGAAGAGGCUCGGCGAGCUCAAAUACUUCAUCGUCGGUGCCGGCGCCAUCGGCUGCGAGCUGCUGAAGAACUUCGCGAUGAUCGGCGUCGGGGCCGACGGCGGCCGCGUCACCGUCACCGACAUGGACCUCAUCGAGAAGUCCAACCUGAACCGCCAAUUCCUCUUCCGGCCCUACGACGUCCAGAAGCCAAAGUCCAGCACCGCGGCCAAGGCGAUCAAGAAAAUGAAUCCCUCGAUGAACGUGGUGGCCCACGAGAACCGUGUCUGCCCUGAGACGGAGUGCGUGUACCACGACCAGUUCUUCGAGGAGCUGGACGGCGUAGCCAACGCCCUGGACAACGUGGACGCCAGAAUCUACAUGGACCGUCGCUGCGUUUACUACAGGAAGCCUCUGCUGGAGAGCGGCACACUUGGUACCAAGGGAAACACUCAGGUGGUGGUGCCGUUCCUGACGGAGUCGUACAGCUCGUCGCAGGACCCGCCCGAGAAGAGCAUCCCCAUCUGCACGCUGAAGAACUUCCCCAACGCGAUCGAGCACACGCUGCAGUGGGCGCGCGACGAGUUCGAGGGGCUGUUCCGGCAGGCGGCCGAGCACGCGGCGCAGUACGUCAGCGACCCCCACUUCCUGGAGCGCACCAUCAAGCUGCCCGGCAGCCAGCCGCUGGACGCCAUCGAGAGCGUUAGGAACGCCAUAAACGAGCGUCCGCUCAGCUUCGAGGACUGCGUGACGUGGGCCAGGCUUCACUGGGAGGCGCAGUACUCCAACCAGAUUAAGCAGCUCCUCUUCAACUUCCCCCCGGACAAGCCCUCCGCCAGCAAGGCGCCCUUCUGGUCGGGCCCCAAGCGCUGCCCCUCACCCUUGACCUUCGACACAGAGGAUGAGCUGCACCUGGACUACGUUGUGGCCGCUGCCAAUCUCAGGGCCCAAGUGUACGGUAUCCCCACGUGUGUGGACAGAGAGGCGAUCGCCAAAAUGGCCGCUAGCGUUGAGGUGCCCGAAUUCAAACCGCGCCGCGGCGUCAAGAUCGCCGUGACCGACACGCACUACAUCGCCCAGAACAACGACCAGAUGGACCAGGACAAGGUGAAGAACAUAAUCGCCGAGCUGCCGCCGCCCAGCUCGCUCGGCAACCUCAAGAUCACGCCCCUCGAGUUCGAGAAGGACGACGACACCAACUUCCACAUGGACUUCAUCGUCGCCGCGUCCAACCUGCGCGCGGCCAACUACAAGAUCCCGCCCGCGGACCGGCUGCGCUCCAAGCUCAUCGCCGGCAAGAUCAUCCCCGCCAUCGCCACCACCACCUCCGUGGUGGCGGGGCUCGUCUGCCUCGAGCUGUACAAGCUCGCGCAGGGCUUCAACACCCUGGACGUGUUCAAGAACGGCUUCGUCAACCUGGCGCUGCCGUUCUUCGGCUUCUCGGAGCCGAUCGCGGCGCCCACGAACACUUACCUACGACAAGAAGUGGACCCUGUGGGACCGGGCGUCUGCAUGCUCUACUCGUUCUUCAUGCUGAAGGCGAAGAAGCAGGAGCGGCUGAGCCUGCCCAUGUCGGAGGUGGUGACCGCCGUCUCGAAGAAGAAGCUCGAGCCGCACGUGAAGGCGCUGGUGUUCGAGCUGUGCUGCAACGACGAGGACGACAACGACGUGGAGGUGCCCUACGUGAAGUACACGCUGCCC